GGUUGCCAGGCAACGGCGCGGCCCGCGCGGGCGCUGCAGUGCAGAGGCUCUGCUCGGGACCGGCCCGGCCGGGUCGCGGUGGCCAGCGCCGAACCCAGGGCAGCCGCCCAACGCUCGUGACCGGCUCGGGGGAAGAGGGGCCAGGGCCCACCGGACCCCACCCACGCCGCCAGCUCAAUCUGGAGAAGGAGGACAGUAGCACCCGACAGAAAGUCUUGGAUGUCAGUAACUGAAUUGGAAGAGGUGCCUGAAGAAAUGGAUGCUAGAAGAAAACACUGGAAGGAGAAUGUGUUAGCUCCUCUUUUCAGUGCACAGGAUAUUCUAGAUGAGGCUUCUCAGCUUGACUCUUCUUCUGAACAAAUGACCUUAGAUAAGGCCAAGAGAAUGGAAGGAAUUUUUAAUUUGUCGAGUAGAAAGUUUCAAGAAGAGAAUAAAUGUAAAAGGAAAGAAUUUAUUUCUCAACUAAAUGAAAACGAACAGGAACCAAAUUUAAGAGAAAGAAAGAUAAACAUUGCAAAGAAUGAGGCAGACACAAAUUCUGCCUCCUGUGAGUCAUCUGACUUGGAUGUUGCACCUGAAGAAAGCUUUAAUAGCGGGGAAGAGCCUCCUACCUGGGGUACAGAGGAAUCAUUUACUCCACCACAAAAAGACAAAGAGAAGAAAUUCUUUGAAGGAAUGUCUCCCAAACUUCGCCUGAGUAUUUUGAAUGAAGAACUUGAAGUGCUUAAGAUGAAAUGCAGAAAAAUAGAAGAGGAAUUCGAAAAUGCAGAAAAAGAACUUUUGAACUCCAAAAAAGAAGUCUCCACAAAACCCCUAAAGUCUAAAGAAGCAGGGGUGGAAACUUCCAAGAAAGACUGGGAACUUCAAGCUUUAAGAAAUGACCUCUCUGAAAAAGCAACAAAUGUCAAAAACUUAACAGAAGAGCUCGAGCAAGCCAAAGAAGUCAUCCACAAGUUGAGCCUCGAGAACAAAGAUUUAAAAGAAGCUGUUAAGAAGUUAAAGAGGCAAACUGAGGUCGGAAAUGUACUCCUUAAGGAGGAAAUGAAAUUGUAUUAUGAAUUAGAAAUGGAAAAGAUCCGAGGAGAGCUCAGUGCCAUCAAGAGUGAACUGAAGGCGGAGAAGACCCUACAAGCAAGAAAUAACAGAGCCCUGGAGUUGCUUAGGAAACACUUUGCUUCUGUAUCGUCAUCAAAUAACCCUGACAGCUUGAUGGGGGAUUUUUUUAAAACUUAAAAAUAAAAUAAAAUAAAAUAAACCUUUCAUU